UUUGGCGACUAUGCCAUGCUAAAGAUGGGCCCGACCCAGGCACGAAAAAAUGCAUGGGACUGGGUCCCGUUUUAAAAAGUUUCUCUACCCGACCCGUCCCAACCCGAUGCAGAGUGGGCUUAGCAUGGGUUGGGGCCGUUCAGGUCCAAGCCCAUGGGCUCGGGCUGAAGCCCGUCCGGCCCGACUCACGAGCUAUGGCCACCCCAAGGGUUAGGCCUGCAUGCCACAAAUACCAUAAGCAAUUGUUUUUAUUAGUUAUAAAAUGAUCAUGCCGGUCCACGGGCUCUGUCCCAUGCCAGUCUUUGCAAAAUGCAGCAUGGCACAGCCCAAUUGCUAUGAGCAACUUUCUUUUAGGGAUUGUUUAAUUAACAGACUUAAAACUAGAGCAUAUGCAUUGCUAAUUGUUUAGAAUAUUUACUGUCUUAAAGAUCAUUAGGAGAUCGAUGACCCAGUUUCAUCUUAAAUGGUUUACAUAUUAUUUUUGUAAUUCUUUUCAUAAAGAAUGCUAAAUGUUUCUUAAUCGUUUACUUCGUAUUGAUUAUGAUUUGUAAAUGAAGUACUCUGUAUACGUCUUUCCUUGUUUUUCUGCUCAAUCUGGGUUUUACUUAUUUCAGUUUAAGGUCAUAUUCAUGCAUGUUCUCCAUUGAGCUGAAUAUGUUAUCAAUCGAAUACGACCAGUUAACUGAAUCAACUCGAAUCGGACCUAAUUCGAGCCCAUUUACCUAGCCCUGUUUCUACUUUUUAAGAUUUGAUGACUUUUGAGAUAUCUCUACAGCUAUAAUUCUUAUUUUGGAUUUGAUCAUGGACAUGGUCUAGCAUUAUCCAUAUUUAUAUUCUGAUAACAUUCUCCACAUUUAGUCAAAUCAUUCUUAUUCUCAUUAAUUAACUCUUUGGAGUUUUUGGCAUUAUGUACGGUAUCUGUAUUGUAUUAUAAGUGAUGCAUUUAAAAGAAACGGAGCGAGUAUCAUAGGCCUAUAUAAUUAUCAUAAUAAUAGCAUAUAGUAUUAUAUUUUUAUCAUGUACAGAUGUUCUCAAGUUGACAAUAAAAAAUAAUUAGCAGUUGGGUGGGAAUCAAAAGUCGUGGUACCCACAAACUCCCCUCUUCUUCUCUGUCUCUCUGAAUAGGGUCAACCCUCAACUACCAUUCCCUCCCAAAAUUAACGGCCAUCUCUUAAAAAUUAAAACAGAAGAAAAUAUUUAUAUUUCAGACCCUUAUUUUCUCCCUUGUUUUCGCUUCUCUUAUUCCCUCCCUUCCCACCAUAAUCUCCAUCUCUCUUUCUCUCUCCUCUCUUGUCUUUCUGUUUUGCUUAUGACAAAAUUGUGAGACCAUUUGCUUUUCUUAUUUCCCCCAAAAACGAAUUAAAAAAAAAAAAAAAACUCAAAGGGGGAGGAGAAUGGAGAAGAAUUCGUUUGCAUCCAAGUCGAUUAGCUUCAAUGAACGUCGUAAUCCUCCUCCGAAAAAGGAAAAAUCCAAUCGUCUUAUCAAAUCCUCGAGUUUUACCGUUCAUGUAGAUCGCUCCCGCUUUCCUCGUCCUCCUAAAAGAACCCUUUCCUCCAAUGAAGCGAUGCGAAGCAUUAUGACUUCCGAUGGGAAGGAAACAGAAAACAAUGACGUGGCAGGAGAACGAGAAGGAGAAGAAGAAGAUCAUCAUCAACCCACAUUGGUAGAACUGAAUGAGGAAAUUGAUGACCUUAUUGAGAAGCUGGCCUCGUUGGAUGAUAACUCGAAUCUCCCCGAAAUUCCUCGAACACUUGCAACAUUUGCCAAGAUGGUUCAAUUAGAGAUUGAAAAAUAUGAUUCAUCGGAAUCUACCUUGAAGUUCGGGCAAGAUAUGGAUCAAGAUAGUAUAUUGAUCAACGCGGUAAGUAGGAUAUCGAAAUUGUCUAAUUUGUUUACCAAAUUAUCCUCCGAUGAGACGGUAAGAAAGGUAAGUCCAUCCCUUAGCCUUACCACCCUUGUUGUCCAACGAGCCAUGUCGUUCAUGGAGGAGGAGCUUCGAGUCCUUCUAGAAGAUUCUACAACAACAUACCCUCCCAGGCGUUCUUCUUCCAACGAGGAGGAAUUUCAGGAUAAUAACUAUUCAAUGAUUGAUGAAGAAAGAAUAGCUAAUAUGAGGACUAUUGGUUCCUUGAUGAUAUUUGCAGGGUAUGAAACAGAAUGUUGUCAAGUAUACAGUGUUCUUAGAAGAAACGCCUUCAAGGAAGCUAUGCAACGAGAAGGGUUCGAAAAGAUUAGCAUCGAUGAAGUGCAGAAGAUGCAAUGGGAGUCUCUUGAAGGGCACAUUGGUAAUUGGAUCAAAAUUGUUAAGUAUGUUGCAAAUGUUCUCUUACCUGGUGAGAAGAAGCUCUGUGAUUCUGUCUUUUCCGACGAGCACUCCUCGAUCGGAGAGGCCAUGUUCUCCAACCUCGCUCGGUCAGCGGUCAUCCUCUUCCUCAACUUUGCCGAGGCGAUUUCUUUGACAAAGCGUUCAGCUGAGAGGCUAUUCAAGGUGCUCGACAUUUACGAUACUUUGUCAGAGCUAAUCACAGCCCUUGAUAAAAUCUGCUCGAAGGAAUGUGCAAAUGAUCUGAGGUCUGAGUUAUCUUCUGUGAGACGGCGUUUAGGAGAAGCUGCUGUUUGUAUCUUUUGUGAUCUUGAAAACUCGAUCAAAAAUGAUGUUGCUAGGAACCCGGUUCCGGGCGGGGCGGUCCACCCGUUGACCCGAUACACCAUGAACUACUUGAGGUAUGCUUGUGAUUUCAAGGAAACCCUAGAGCAAGUCUUCUCUCUCCACCACACCACUGAACUAAACUUAGAAGCACUGGAACCGAAGAGAGAACAUCAAGACGAGGAUAGCCAAGACUACGAGGAUAAAAACCAAGGCCCGAAACAAACACCAUUUGCUGCUGAACUAAUAACAAUCAUGAACCUUCUAGAUGUAAACCUAGAAGCAAAAUCCAAGCUCUAUAAAGAUCCUUCUUUAAGAUACAUCUUUUUGAUGAACAACGGUAGAUACAUUCUUCAGAAGAUUAAGGAAUCUGCAGAAAUCAAUGAUUUGGUUGGGAAUAACUUCCGUAGGACACGAUCAUCCGAGUUAAGAGGUUAUCACAAGAGUUAUCAAAGAGAGACAUGGAGUAGAGUUCUUCAAUGCUUGAAUCAAGAAGGACUUCAGGUUAAUAACAAAGUUCAGAAACCGGUAUUGAAAGAAAGGUUCAAAACUUUCAACCAAAUGUUCGAUGAAAUUCAUAAGACUCAAAGUGCUUGGGUUGUGAGUGAUGAACAACUUCAAUCUGAGCUUCGAGUUUCAAUCUCGUCUGUAAUGAUUCCGGCUUAUCGGUCUUUCUUAGCGAGGUUUGGACAACAUUUUACCCACGGAAGGCAGCGUGAGAAGUAUAUCAAGUAUCAGCCGGAGGAUAUCGAGACUACUAUCGAAGAACUGUUUGAUGGUAACCAGAAUUUGUCCAUGGCUAGGAGGAAAAAUUAAUUAGUCCCUCGUAUGAGAAAAUAAUGUUGGUUUUGUUUUUGUUUUUUUUUUUUUGUCUUGAAUUAUUGUUUUUCAAACGAAGUCUUAUGUCAAUGAACUUAAAAUUUUGUAAACAUUGAUUUUGGUGUACUAUGAAAUGCAGUUUUGCUCAAGAAAGGGCUUCAAAGCUCUUUGAGUAUCCAA